GGGACGCAAGAAUAAUAAUGACUGCCAUGUAUGAGGACAAAGCCAGGGAACUUCUGUGUGCGGCAUACAAAGUCGGACUGUAUGGUCCUAAGAUCGUAUGGGUGUUUGUUGGUUGGUUUUCUACAACCUUCUGGAAAAGAAGCCUUGAUAAUUUGGAAUGUUCAGAAGAAGAAAUGUCCAUGGCUGCUGAAGGUUCGUUUAUUACAGGACCUGUUUAUUCAAAUCCAAUUGAAGAAAGAGGAAUAGCAAACUUAACAGCAAAGGAGUUUGCAGACCGUUAUUACAUGCAUCCGUCUUACAAAGCGGAAUCAAAGAAUUACGAUUCAUUUGCCUACCAGUGUUACGACCAUAUUUGGGUUGUUGCCAUGGCUCUUAAAUGCACGAAUCUUAGACUUGAAGAAAUGGGUCAUGCGAAAACACUGGAUAUGUUCGAAUAUAUAGAUUCGGAUAUUAACGAGAUAAUAUUUCAGUGUAUAGGAAACACAUCUUUAAUCGGCGUUUCUGGUAGAGUAUCGUUCACAUCAGGAGCUGAUCCAAAUCGAAUUGUUAAAAUUGAAAGAAUCCAAGACAGUUUUCUCAUGUCUGUCAGAUCUAACUUAUUCUUCAACUCUGACAACUCUGUAAACAUCGUCAAUCCAAGAAUACAGCUAUCAUUGUCUAAAAGACGUUGCUUCACUCUCGGAAAGUUAUAG